GCCGGGGACCAGGAAAUGGGGAGCCGCGCGAGCGUGAGGGGAGCGGGGGAGCCGGCAGGGCCGAUGUCGGGGCCGGAGCUGGGGUUGGGGCCGGGUCGGAGCCGCACCGAGGGCUGUGGGCUGCUGCGGGAGGAGCUGAGCCAGGAUGGGGCCUUCCUAUGGGGCCAGCCCCACAUCUUCAUCAUCUUCGGGGCCUCUGGUGACCUGGCUCGGAAGAAGAUCUACCCCACGAUAUGGUGGCUGUUCCGGGACGGGCUCCUCCCCGAGGACAUUCACGUUGUCGGCUUCGCCCGAUCCCCGCUGACGGUGGAGCUGAUCCGGGAGCGGACGCUGCCGCACCUCAAGGCGUCCCCCGAGGACUCGCCGCUCCUGGAGCGCUUCUUCUCGCGGCAGCGCUUCGUGCAGGGGCACUACGGGGACGAGGCCCCGUUCCGGCGCCUGGAGGCGGCGCUGCGGGAGCUGCCGGGGGGCGCCGCCGCGCAUCGGCUCUUCUACCUGGCGCUGCCGCCGGGGCUCUACGCCACCGUCACCCGGCACAUCCGGGAGCACUGCAUGGGGCAGGGCUGGAACCGCAUCAUUGUGGAGAAGCCCUUUGGCCGGGACCUGGCGAGCUCGGACGCGCUCUCAGCCCAUCUCAGUGGCCUCUUCCACGAGGAGCAGAUCUACCGCAUCGACCACUACCUGGGCAAGGAGAUGGUGCAGAACCUCAUGGUGCUCCGCUUCGGGAACCGGAUCUUCGGCCCCAUCUGGAACCGGGACAACGUGGCCUGUGUGGUUGUCACCUUCAAGGAGCCCUUUGGCACUGAGGGACGUGGUGGCUACUUCGAUGACUUCGGCAUCAUCCGGGACGUGAUGCAGAACCACCUCCUGCAGAUGCUCUGCUUGGUGGCCAUGGAGAAACCGGCCUCCACCAACCCCGAUGAUGUGCGGGAUGAGAAGGUGAAGGUGCUCAAGUGCAUCAGCCCGGUGGUGCCAGAGGACGUGGUCCUUGGCCAGUACGUGGGGAACCCCGAGGGCCCCCCCGAGGCCCACAAGGGCUACUUGGACGACCCCACGGUGCCGCCCGGCUCCACCACGGCCACGUUUGCAGCCGCCAUCCUGCAUGUGGCCAAUGAGCGCUGGGACGGGGUGCCCUUCGUGCUGCGCUGCGGGAAGGCGCUGAACGAGCGCAAGGCCGAGGUGCGGCUGCAGUUCCGCGACGUGCCCGGGGACAUCUUCGGCCACCAGUGCAAGCGCAACGAGCUGGUGGUGCGCGUCCAGCCCGACGAGGCCGUCUACACCAAGAUGAUGACCAAGAAACCCGGCCUCUUCCUCAGCCCCGAGGAGUCCGAGCUCGACCUCACCUAUGGCAACCGCUACAAGGACGUGAAGCUGCCGGACGCGUACGAGCGGCUCAUCCUGGAUGUGUUCUGCGGGAACCAGAUGCACUUUGUGCGCAGUGAUGAGCUGCGCGAGGCCUGGCGCAUCUUCACCCCACUGCUGCACAACAUCGAGGCGCGCGCGGAGAGACCCAUCCCCUAUGUGUUUGGCAGCCGGGGCCCCCCUGAGGCCGAUGAGCUGCUGAAACGCGCCGGGUUCCUCUACGAGGGCACGUACCGCUGGGUGAACCCGCACAAGCUCUGACCCACAGCGCCCCAUAGCGGCUUAUGGGCCCCAUACUCCACCCUGCCCACCCCGGCUUCCACCUGCCCCACAGCCCAGCCUCCUCCCCCUAAACAACACUCCUGGCCCCUGGGCUGGGGUUGAGGCCCCCUCCUGCCCCAUAGCACUGCUAUCCUACCCCAUAGCGCUGCUAUCCUGCCCCAUAGAGCUGCUAACCUGCUGCAUAGGCACCCAUUCUGCCCUAUAGCACCACCAUUUUGCCCUAUAGUGCUGCUAUCCUGCCCCAUAGACACUCCAUCCUACCCCCUAGACAUCUAGUCAUCCCUAUAGCACCUCCAUUGUGCCCCAUAGAUACCUCAUCCUGCCCCAUAGCCCCCACCUAAGCUGGGACCAAAGCACCCCCGAUCUCCCCCACCCCCUAAUUACUCCCCUCAUUAACUCCCCCCCGGGACUAAUUACCCCCCAUUAACACCAGCCCCUGCUCAUCAUUCCCCCCUGCGGUACUUAUGGGGCAGCCCCACAUCACUUAUGGGUCCAAACCACCUCCAUUCAGGCCCAGCCUUUAUUUUGCCCCCUGGGGCCACACAGUGGUGAUGGGGGGGGAACAUACCAAGACCCCUCCCACUCCCCCACAAGUAGGGGGGGAGCCACUUAUGGGUCCCAGUAGGGCACUUAUGGGUCCGGGGAGGAGGGGCACUUAUGGGUCACGGUGGGUCGGGGGCCCUGCGGGGGACACAGCCCUCGAGCUCCAGCGCCUCCGGCCACCCCUCGUACUUGUUGGAGCUGCGGCUGUUCCGGACGUGCUGUGGGGAUGAGACCAGCGCUAUGGGGCAGCCCCCCAAGUGACACACCCCCCCCUUUCCCAGCCCCAUAAGUGCCCCAUAGAGCCCCACCUGCUCAAAGGGGCUUCGCUCCUGCACCCCUUUGGCCCCCAGGAAGACCCAACUGUCCCUAAAGGCCAAGUCCAUGGCGACGGCGCUGCCCAACUCCCCAAAGAGGCGCCGGGAUUCCUCCGUUAACCUGGAAUUAGGAUGGAAAUAGGGGUAAGGGGGGGGCCUUUAGACCCCCCAUCGCCCUAUAUCGCCCCAUAUUGCCCUAUAUCGCCCCAUAUCGCCCUAUAUCGCCCCAUAUCGUUACUUGGUGGCGGGGUCGUCAUACGAAGCCACCA